CGGUAUUGUGGAAACCAAACGUCGUAAAACACCAAAGAAUAAGAAGAGCGACGAUGGAGAACGGGAAGAAGUGGAAGAGCUGUUGUUGGGGUUCAUGAAUGCGUAAUGUGUUUCUUUUUUUUGGAUGUCGGUGCGUUUAUUUAACUACUGACUUUACACCCUGUGGUAGCAGUUCGCUCUAAUAGUGACAACUAAAUAACCAGUUGCGGUUUGUGUUAAUGUUGGCGUUGUCGUGUCUUGGGUGAGUUUAUCGUGCUCGUUGCGUUCCUUGAAAAUUUAGCUAGCUAGAGUAGGCUAGUUGGAGAUGUCUACAGAGUACGAAGAUGAGACCUCUCGUCCAGAACUUCCACAGCAGCAUGCCUGCAGCGACCAAGAGGUUCUCACUGACCAGCAGCUCUGUAAACAGGAGAGAGACUUCAGUCUGCCCCCAGAGGGCCCAGAGCCCCCACACAUUAAAGAGGAACGGGAGGAAUUCUCCGUCAGUCAGGAGCAGCUGGAACUGAAGCAGGAAACGGAUACCUUCAUGUUGAUUCCUAAAUAUGAGGAAAGUGACAGUGAGGAUGAGAUCGCUUGUCAGCGAAAACUACUGGAAAAAGUUUGCAAACCUGAAAUAAAGUCCCUCGGGAUAGAGCUUCCACAACAACAUGCCAAAUGUAAGGAAGAGGAGGAGGUUGUCACUGACCAGCGCCUCUGUAACCAGGAGAAGGACUUCACAUUGGAACCAGAGAACCCAGAGCUGCCACAUAUUAAAGAUGAACAGGAGGAACUCUCCACCAGCCAGGAAGAAGAGCUGCCGGAACUGAAGGAGGAGACAGAUAACUUCAUGUUGACUCCUACGUAUGAGGAAUGUGACCAGAAAGGAGGUCAAAUUGUGUACAUGAAUACUGAUAAAACAAGGAGUGUAGCAGAGGAAGAGUCUGUAGUCAGCUUACCAGUUAAAUGCUCUGUAGUAGCAGAACUAAACAGUGACCAUAAAUCUCAAGUAGUUGAGAGUCAAGAUCACAAAAGAGGGAUGCAUGUAGACUCGGGACCAAUUAGAAAUACAGAUCCCAACCCAAUGGAGAAUUGUCACCAAAGCACAUUUCACGAUAACAAUGCGUAUAUCUCUCCCAUUUCAGCGAUUAAUCCAAAUGUUUGCACAGGUGAACAGUUAUUUCAAUGUGACAUUUGCGGAAAAACAUUUAAGCGCAAGGACCAAGUAAAUAUACAUAUGAGAGUUCACACAGGUGAGACACCAUAUUCUUGCAAAAUAUGUGAGCGAGAAUUCAGAUUUAGAAGUGGUUUUAUAGUUCACAUGAGAACCCACACAGGCGAGAAGCCGUUUUCUUGUGAAACGUGUGGGAAGAGUUUGGCAUCUUCUAGUAGUUUGAUGAACCACAUGAGAAUCCACACAGGCGAGAAGCCAUAUUUUUGCAAAACUUGUGGGAAGAGUUUCACAUAUUCUAGUAGUUUGGUGGUGCACAUGAGAAUCCACACAGGUGAGAAGCUGUUUUCUUGCAAAAUAUGUGGGAGAGAAUUCAGAUUUAAAAACACACAUAAGAUCCACAUGAGAACUCACACAGGCGAGAAGCCGUAUCUUUGCAAAACUUGUGGGAAGAGUUUCAUAAAUUCUAGUAGAUUGGUGGUGCACAUGAAAAUCCACACAGGCGAGAAACCGUUUUCAUGCAAAACAUGUGGGAAGAGUUUCAUAAAUUCUCCUAAAUUGGUGGUGCACAUGAGAUCCCACACAGGUGAGAAGCCGUUUUCUUGCAAAAUAUGCGGAAAGAAUUUUGUAUCUACUGGUACCUUGGCAGUCCACAUGAAGACCCACACAGAUGAAAAGCCGUGUCUCUGCACCAUGUGUGGAAAGGGAUUUCGUCUGCCAUCAACACUGAGAAAUCAUAUGCGUAUUCACACAGAUGAGAAACCAUACUCUUGUAAAUGGUGUGGCAAAGAGUUUCGACGUAGGGGUGAGUACAGAGUCCAUGCAAGAGUCCAUUCAGGUGAAAAGCCAUAUACUUGUACAACUUGUGGGGAAGCAUUCAGAUUUAGUAGUCAGUUGAGAGUCCACACUGGAAAAGCCCACACCGAUGACAAGCGAUAUCACUGCAACACUUGUGGGAAAAAAUACUUCCGAGUGUCAGAUUUGGCAAGGCACAGAAGUUCACAUAGAGACAAGUAGUGUUGUAUUUGCAAAAUAUGAGAUUCUGAUUUGUUGGCUCAAGGUCAAAAGAGUCAUAAUUGCAGCUUGUGGGAAAGUUUUGUUUUCAGUCAUACAUUUGAAGCGAGGUAUGGCUUAUUAUACCCAGAAGAAACCAUCGAGCAAUACCUACAACUCUCUAGGUAAUAGUUCAUUACUCAUAUUUGUUUGCAUCAGUAUU